AUGGACACAAGGACAUUUCUUAAGGCAUAUAGCAAAUCAAAUUUGUUCCGAUUAAGUAUUACGUUGAACCAAAACUACAUUUCUCCUUCUCUUCUAAUUCACUGGGGCUUACCUGUGGCGAGCCCUUUAUGUUAUGGCCUAGCAUUCUUUUGAUUGUUGUUUUAAGGUCACUGGGAAACGUGUACCGUUCCGCAGACAAUCAAAAGACAUGUUCGUCCAUCUGCAGUGUCCAUGAACCAGACCGAGUUUGUCUUAUGGUUGUGGUUCUACUCUAGAAGCAAGUACACUCAACCUCAAAAGCUCUCCCAGAAUGAGAGACAAUUAAUUGCAGUACUAUUCUAAUGCUCGGGAACAAAACGGUGCGCUUCGAUAAACCGGUUUGCUUUUGUGGUCCGGCAGAAGAUUUUCUCUUACGAUCAUCAGUUAUAUUAUAAUCAGCCACUCCUUUACAGAUGAAGCGUCGGACUUGGAGGCCCUCUACUAGAGGCAGCACCUAGUUAAAAAAUAAGCUAUUAAUUUAAAAAUCAUCUUGCGUUCGCGACCUGGAUGCGUCUAAGCAACCCGCCAAAGGCCGUCCACAUCGUCGGAGAACGCAGAAGACAUUACACGAACCGGUAGCUUUUUUUUUUACUUCUUCAUGAUUAGAAUAUAUUGAAUUAAUAAGCAUUUCCUCCUCCGACUUUGUGUUCUUAUUCCAGGUUAACAGUGCAGACCCUCGAUCGACAGUUUCAAAAAGACGAAGUUGUUGACACGAAAGCGCAUCCGCUUCAGGAUGCCUGUACAACUUGUUUCGCUCGACGCCUUCUUGCUGCUGAAAAGUGGGAACAAUACAAAAUGCCAGAAGUCCCAGAAACGAAUCAGUACAAGCAAAAGCUAAAGAAGUGUCGAGACCUUCGUCAUAUCAGGCGCGCCAAAGAAGAGGCUGAGCGAGUCGCAAGAGGCGAAGGCCCUCCUAUUAUUUAUGGAUAUUUCUAUCCUCCUUGUUCUUUUAUCAAUAUGAAAAAAUUGAAAUUGUUUACAAUUUCAGAAUAUUAGGGCUCUACUAUUGCGGCGAGAAGCUGCUUCUUGCUUCUCUGUAUACAUAAUCACUUCCUUUUACUUAUCCGCUCAUUCUCCGUGGAGCGAUGUCAUCGAAC